AUGUUCAAGCGUACCUGCACGGAUCUGACCAAAAUACCCAAGGAGAAGGUGCGCCAGUGGCUGACCACAAUCGAAUCGGUGAUAUUCGAUGCCGACGGUGUUCUGUGGCACCUGAACCGGCCGAUCAAUGGGGCAGUGGAGACCUUUAAUAUGAUCAAGAGCUCGGGCAGGCAGGUGCUGGUGGCGACCAACCAUUCGGGUCUGCUCACCAAGGAUCUGGCCGCGAAGGCGCACCAGUUCGGCUACGAGAUCCAGGAAGAGCAGAUACUGAGCUCGGCGCUGUCCGUGGCCAGGUUCCUCAGCGCGAAGGGGUUCAAAAAGAAGGCGUACAUCGUCGGGGAGUCGGCCAUUGUCGAUGAGCUGGCCAAGGAGAACAUCUGCAGCUUCUCUGUGGGCAAGGAGAAGCUGCUCAAGCCCAUGGAACAGUUUGCCAAGGAUAUGUACCUGGAUCACGAGUUCGUACCUCCAGCAGCCGAAGGUCCUCUUCCUGGGCACCUGUCUGGACACCGCCUAUCCGGUGGGCAAAAACCGGAUGAUUGUGGGCGCCGGUGCCAUGGUAGGCCGCCGUGA